AUGGCGCGGGGGGACGCGGGCGGCGGGCGCGGGCUGCUGGUGCUGACCUUCUGCCUGCUGGCGGCGCGCGGGGAGCUGCUGUUGCUCCAGGAGACAGCUGUGCAGUUGAGCUGUGACACAGGGCCGCUGCAAGUGAUCCUGGGUCCAGGGCAGGUUGCUGUGCUCAACUGCAGCUUGGGGGUUGCUGCUGCUGCUGGACCCCCCACCAGGGUGACAUGGAGCAAGGAUGGAGACGCCCUGCCAGAGCAUAACCACCUGCACCUGCUGCCCAGUGGCUCCCUGCAGCUGUCCCAGCCCCUAGCACCUGAUGGUAGUGACGAGGCAGCCCCUGGGGCUUCGGGCAUCAUUGAGGGCAGCUACUCCUGCCUGGCACACGGCCCCCUCGGAGUGGUGGCCAGCCAGGCUGCCGUGGUCAGACUUGCCAAGCUUGCAGACUUCUUUCUGCACCCGGAGCCACAAACGGUGGAGGAAAAUGGGACCGCUCGCUUUGAGUGCCACACCCAGGGGCUGCCAGCGCCCAACAUCACCUGGGAGAAGGACCAACUGCCGCUGCCUGAGGAGCCUCGGCUCAUCACUCUGCCCAAUGGAGUCCUCCAGAUCCUUGACGUCCAGGACAGCGAUGCCGGCUCCUACCGCUGUGUGGCCACAAACAUGGCCCGCCAACGUGUCAGCCAGGAGGCCCUGCUCAGUGUGGUCCCCAGAGGGUCCCUGGUGUCUGCUAGGGAACAGGACGUGGUCAUUGUGGCGGCACCCGAGAACACCACCGUGGUGUCUGGCCAGAGCGUGGUGUUGGAAUGCGUGGCCUCGGCUAACCCAACCCCUUUUGUGUCUUGGGUCCGACAAGACGGGAAGCCCAUCUCCACCGACGUCAUCGUCCUAGGCCGCACCAACCUGCUCAUCGCCAGCGCGCAGCCCCGACAUUCGGGCGUGUACGUGUGCCGCGCCAACAAACCUCGCACGCGCGACUUUGCCACGGCCGCCGCCGAGCUCCGCGUGCUGGCGGCCCCGACCAUCUCGCAGGCGCCCGAGGCGCUGUCGCGGACGCGGGCCAGCACCGCGCGUUUCGUGUGCCGCGCGUCCGGGGAACCGCGUCCGGCGCUGCGCUGGCUGCACGACGGAGCGCCGCUGCGGCCCAACGGGCGCGUUAAGGUGCAGGGAGGCGGCGGCAGCCUGGUCAUCACGCAGAUCGGCCUGCAGGACGCCGGCUACUACCAGUGCGUGGCCGAGAAUGGCGCGGGGACGGCGUGCGCCGCCGCCUCACUGGCAGUAGUGGUCCGAGAGGGCCUGCCCAGCGCCCCCACGCGUGUCACCGCCACGCCGCUGAGCAGCUCGGCUGUGCUGGUGGCCUGGGAGCGGCCAGAGCUGCACAGUGAGCAGAUCAUCGGAUUUUCCCUGCACUACCAGAAGGCUCGAGGCAUGGACAAUGUGGAAUACCAGUUUGCUGUGAACAAUGACACCACUGAGCUCCAGGUUCGAGACCUGGAGCCCAACACAGAUUAUGAGUUCUACGUGGUGGCCUACUCCCAGCUAGGGGCCAGCCGCACAUCCACCCCAGCACUGGUCCACACCUUGGAUGACGUCCCCAGCACGGCGCCCCAGCUCUCCCUGUCCAGUCCCAACCCCUCAGACAUCAGAGUGGCAUGGCUGCCCCUGCCCCCCAGCCUGAGCAACGGGCAGGUGGUGAAGUAUAAGAUUGAGUAUGGUCUGGGGAAAGAAGAUCAGAUCUCCUCCACCGAGGUGCCGGGGAAUGAAACCGAGCUGACGCUACACUCGCUUCUGCCCAACAAGGGCUACCGUGUGCGGAUCUCAGCAAGUACAGGAGCCGGCUAUGGGGCCCCGUCCCAGUGGGUGCAGCACAGAACUCCCAGCGUUCACAACCAGAGCCACGUCCCUUUUGCCCCUGCAGAGCUGAAGGUGCGGGCCAGGAUGGAGUCCCUGGUGGUCUCCUGGCAGCCACCCCCACACCCUGCCCAGAUCUCUGGCUACAAACUCUACUGGCGGGAGGUGGGAGCCGACGAGGAACAGGAGGAGGAAGCCGAUGGUGACCGCCCCCCGGGGGGCCGUGAGGACCAGGUGUGGGACGUGGGACCUGUACGCCUCAAGAAGAAAGUGAAGCAGUACGAGCUGACCCAGCUGGUGCCCGGGCAGCUGUACGAGGUGAAGCUGGUGGCCUUCAACAAGCAUGAGGACGGCUACGCGGCCGUGUGGAAGGGCAAGACGGAAAAGGCACCCACGCCAGACCUGCCCAUCCAGAGGGGUCCCCCGCUUCCCCCGGCCCAUGUCCACGCCGAAUCCAACAGUUCCACGUCCAUCUGGCUGCGGUGGAAGAAGCCAGACUUCACCACAGUCAAGAUCGUCAACUACACUGUGCGCUUCAGCCCCUGGGGGCUUCGGAACGCCUCCCUGGUCACCUAUUACACCAGCCCCGGAGAAGACAUCCUCAUCGGAGGCCUGAAGCCCUUCACCAAAUACGAAUUCGCAGUGCAGUCGCAUGGCGUGGACAUGGACGGCCCUUUCGGCUCUGUGGUGGAGCGCUCCACUCUGCCUGACCGGCCUUCGACGCCCCCGUCUGACCUGCGCCUGAGCCCCUUGACACCGUCCACGGUCCGGCUGCACUGGUGCCCGCCCACAGAGCCCAAUGGAGAGAUUGUGGAGUACCUGAUCCUGUACAGCAACAACCAUACUCAGCCCGAGCACCAGUGGACGCUGCUCACCACGGAGGGAAACAUCUUCAGCGCAGAGGUGCACGGGUUGGAGAGUGACACCCGGUACUUUUUCAAGAUGGGAGCUCGCACGGAGGUGGGACCUGGGCCCUUCUCACACCUGCAGGACGUGAUCACUCUGCAAGAGAGGCUGUCAGACUCCCUGGAUGUGCAUUCAGUCACCGGCAUCAUCGUGGGCGUGUGUCUAGGCCUCCUCUGCCUCCUGGCCUGCAUGUGCGCUGGCCUGCGCCGCAGCCCCCACAGGGAAGCCCUGCCGGGGCUGUCCUCCACAACCACCCCUGGCAACCCAGCGCUCUAUUCCAGAGCCCGGAUUGGUCCCCCAAGCCCCCCAGCUGCCCAUGAACUGGAGUCCCUCGUGCACCCCCGCCCCCAGGACUGGUCCCCGCCGCCCUCCGACGUGGAGGACAGGGCUGAAGUGCACAGCCUGAUGGGAGGCGGUGUGUCCGACUGCCGGGGCCACUCUAAGAGAAAGAUCUCCUGGGCCCAGCCUGGUGGGCCGAGCUGGGCAGGUCCCUGGGCUAGCUGUGAAUUGCCCCAGACGGGCCCCAGACCUGCUCUGACCCGGGCCCUGCUGCCUCCUGCCGGUACUGGGCAGACACUGUUGCUGCAGGCUCUGGUGUAUGACGCCAUAAAGGGCACCGGGAGAAAGAAGCCACCCCCUGCCUGCAGGAACCAAGUGGAGGCCGAGGUCAUCGUGCACUCUGAUUUCAGUGCCUCCCACGGAAGCCCUGAUCUUCAACUCCAAGACUUGGAGCCUGAGAGUCCCCUGCCUUCGGAGGCCCCUGACGUGACCUUGGGCAUCGUGGGCAUCGAGCAGGGGACAGACUGGCUGGACGGGGACCUGGGAGGGAAUGAGGCAGCUCCAGGGCCAGACCGACUCACCUGCUCACCAGAGGUAGUCAGCAGUCCCUGCUCCUUCCAGGACCUCCAGCCUAGGGAGACCCUGGAGGAGACCCCCGGGAAGAGCUGCCAGCCCAAAGCCCCUUGCACACUAGGGGCCAGCCCCAGCCUGCCCCGAGCUUCGGUUUCCUCAUCUGCUUAG